AUGAGCUAUCGGCUCAGCUCCGCUCAGCAGCAGGACGCGGGCAACAGGCGCUCCCUGCUCCAGUCCAGCUCGGUGCUCCGCCGCCGCUAUGGUUGCUGUGCCCACUGCCUGGUGCUCCGUCGCUCUGGCCCUUCUCGUGGCCCUGCACGAAGGCAAAGGCCAGGCCGCUGCCACCCAGGAGCAGCCAAUGCCCACACCCCGUGCCCGAGGCUCCCACCUGCGGCCUCGACGUUGCUCCUGCAGCUCCUGGCUUGACAAGGAGUGCGUCUACUUCUGCCACCUGGACAUCAUCUGGGUGAACACUCCUGGACAGACAGCUCCUUACGGCCUGGGAAACCCGCCAAGACGCCGGCGCCACUCUCUGCCAGGGCGCUGCGAAUGUUCCAGUGCCAGAGAUCCUGCCUGUGCCACCUUCUGCCAUCGAAGGCCCUGGGCUGAAACCGAGGCAACCCCAGGCACUGGGUCCUCCGCAGACAUGUUCCAGGCCGGCAAGAUGCGGACCACUGCAGGCGAGCUCCUGCGGCGGCUGAGGGACAUUUCUUCUGCCAAGAUCCGCUUCGCUAGGCAACAGCAGGAGGCAAUGAGACAGACCAGGCCUACAUACUCCUGGCGGAGGAAGAGAUAG